GCCCGCCCAUUAAUCUCUCCCUCUUCCCCCCUUCCCAAAAAAACCAAGAUUCGUACUAGUAGCGGCGGCCACUAGAUAGAUAGAUAGAUAUACAACAUCGGUCCAUUAACGCCAUGAGGGCCAUUGGAUAGAUGGGAAGGCGGCCAUGGUGAUCACCGCCGGAAGAGAAGGGUCGGUGGUGGAGGACGGCGCCGCCGCGCAUGUCGUGGUCGAGGUCCACAGGUCAGCGGCGGCGGCGGCGGCGGCUGAUGAUGAUCAGCUGCAGCAGCAGGAGCUGGGUGGGACCGGCAGCAGCGGGUGCAGAAUUUGCCACCUGGAAGACGGCGACCUGCCGGAGGAGAGCGGCGGCGGGAAGCUGGUGAGCCUUGGCUGCGGCUGCCGCGGCGAGAUCGCGGCCGCGCACCGGCGGUGCGCCGAGGCGUGGUUCUCUGUAAAGGGCAACAGGCGCUGCGAGAUCUGCGGGCAGAACGCGGCGAACAUCAUCGGACGGGGCGGCGGCGGUAAGGAGUUCAUGCAGCAGUGGCACGGGACGGCGGCCGCCGCGGAAGGUUCGUCCAAGGCGACCGGUUUCUGCAGGAGCCAGACAUUCUGCAAUCUCUUGAUUGCGUGCUUAAUCAUCGUCUUCGUCUUGCCGUGGUUCUUCCAUAACCAUAUGAUUUGAGAUAAUAUAUGGCUGUAUAGAGAUAAAUGAGGAAUAUCUUCUUUCGAAUCCCUCGGUUUGAGUAACAGGCUCCGGUGUGGUAUCUUGCUCUGUAAUCACAGCGUUCAACGUUGAGUAGCACAACCAAUUCUCCUGGCUGCUUGCUCGA